GCAUACAUUAUGGCUUUUACAUACCAUCGUGAAUAUAUAGCAUCCGCAUGAGAUUACAGCAGUUACUUGCUUUUCCGCUUACCUUGCCAUAAUAAGAAACCCGAAGUAUUAAUGAGAUACUAUGAACAGUUCCAGGCAAUCUGAGUGUGUUGGAAUUAGCUGCGUGGUAUGCCAAGCGCCGGCCCGGUUUGUAUGUCCAUGUCAGAAGAGGCACUUCUGUACUGUGCAAUGUCAGAACCAAGACUGGUCUACGGGUAAUCACCACAGCGAGUGCGAUUUUGAAGCGCCACGUGUUGUGACGGGUGAACAACCGCAGCAGAAUGACAUGAUGGAGCCAGGAAGAGUAUACAACCCCAACAACCCCAAUACAACACAAGCUGUAUACGAUGGUGCCUAUCCUCGAGAGAGUGUUGGCGUCACAUACGCCAACGUCUCCCUCGAAACCGACAGUUUUCGUGAACGUCAAGAGGCCUACGACGUUCAUCCAGGCGAGAACACUCGACAAAUAAAUUCAUUGUACGGUCGGAGGAAUCAACAACCACUGAAAAGGAAUACAAUGUCUGGCGAUUAUAAUCCUGAGUACGGUCGCAUCCCUGUGUAUAAUGGGGCUCACUGGAGACAGCACAGUGCCAACAUGGACGGCCAGACCUGGUCAAACGGGUUCUACAAUGGUUCGACUAUUGGGUAUAUGGAGGAGCACCAUAGUUCUAACGCUACUGGUGGUAGAGUGUUUUACGAUGGGAAUAGCCAAGGAAUGCAUGGCGAUGCCGGCGUAAGACAACUGCACGUAAUUGACAGUGAUAAUAUGGCUAGCCCUGUCCCCCAGACCAUUUCUAAUGGAGUGUCUCCGGCCACUAAUACCGAAACUUCAAAGUCUUCGAAAGUACGAGCGUGCACCUGGGAAGGCUGUAACAGGACAUUCACGCGCACAGAUCAUUAUACCAGGCAUAUGAACACACACACUGGGUACAAACCAUUUGCUUGUACGUGGGAGGGCUGCGGCAAAAGAUUUGGGCAAGCGAAUAAUCUAACGCGACACAGAAAAACGCACACCAAAGAGAAACCCUGUGUGUGUCCUUGGGAAGGGUGUAAUAAGCGCUUCAGUGAGGCAAGCAACCUCGCCAGACACAAAAGACUGCAUUCAAAGGAAAAGCCCUUCAUGUGCAAGUGGGAUGGGUGUCAAAAGAGUUUCGCAGAUCCUAGUUAUCUUGCGUCGCACGCACGCACUCACGCCCGCACAGAGGUGUUUUAUUGUCCGUUGGAUGGCUGUGAACGAGUGUUCGCGGUUAGAUCAUAUCUUACCAGGCACAUUAGAACGCAUACAAACGAGCAACCGUACGAGUGCCAGUACUGCUUCAAACGUUUCAACCAGUCUAGCAAUCUGAGCCGGCAUAUACGCACGCAUAAUGUAGACUACAACGAGGGCGAUGAAUACCAACAUCGUUAUAGUGAUGACAAAUUCGAGAAUAAGAGUAGCCAUGUGAAGGUGGAAACGUCGCCAGUAUGACAUCGACUUCUUGCUUAGGUAUGAAUCCAUCAGCAACACUUAAAACGAUUUGCGCAUUUAUUGUUUUGGUGGUUGUGCUAUUUCGAGAAGACCUAAGGGGAUUUAUAAAUACAAUCUCACACACGACAACACCAUAACAUAUGCGCCUCACAUUCUAACGUGGCAUCCUGGAAUAUAACGUUAGUGAAAUAGAGCCGACUUGGGACUGUGCAGACAAAUAAAUCACCUACUUCACAC